AUGUUGUAUUUCUCUUCUUCUCUCUGUCGAUUCCCCUCUCUCUCUUUCUCUGUUUCUCUUUAUUUUAUAUACCUAUCUCGUCCUCGCUAUCGUCUUCUCUUUCUCUCCCUCUCUCUCUCUCUCUCUCUCUCUCUCUCUCUCUUAUAUCUCUUUUUCUAUGUCUCACUCUCACUUUCUCUCUUUUUGUCUCUCUGUCUUUUGCUCUAUCACUUUUAUCUUUCUCUCUCUCCCUCUCUCUUUCUCUUUCUGUCACUCUUUAUUCUAUAUGCCUCUCAUUCUUUUUCUCACCAUUUUCCUCUUUUUUCUCUUUCUGUCACACUCUCUUUCUCCUUAUAUGUCUCUUUUUCUCUGUCUCACUCUCACUUUCUCUUUUUUGUCUCUUUCUGUCUCGCUUUGUCACUUUGUCCCUGUAUCUCUCUCUCUAUCUAUCAAUCUCUCUCUCUCUCUCUCUCUCUCUCUCUCUCUCUCUCUCUCUCUCUCUCUCUCUCUAGCACCUUCCAACAUCUGUAUCCAUCUCCGCACUUUCUGUACACCUACCCACGUCACUCAAUCUGUUUUUAUCUUUUACAUAUUCUUUCAUUUAAUCUGUCCUUUCACAACGUUUCAAAAUUGAAUUCUUUUAAAAAUGACUCCAUCCCCUGUUUUUAUUUUUGUUUUUUUCGGUGGUGGGAUAUCCACGGUCCUUCAUUUCUUGUUAUUUCCCAACUUCCGUUGUCGUCUGAUUCCUUCAUAUUGACUGUCGUCUUUUUCUCUUCAUUCUUUUGUACACGUCUUUCUUUCGUUUUGUUGAAAUACCAUCUACCAAUUUAUUUAAUCCAAAAUCUCCAAACUCUCUCUCUCUCUCUCUCUCUCUCUCUCUCUUUCUUCUUCCUAUUACUUCUCUUCUUUCUAUUCUUUGUCACUUUUUCUCUUUUCUUCCUGAUUUUUUAUCUCCCUUUCCUUUUCAUGCUCCCCCCCUCUCUCUCUCUCUCUCUUAUUCUCUUUCUAUUCCUGCGCCCUUACUCGACUUACUGCACUAUUUCUUCUUCUUACUCUCUCUCUCUCACUCACACUUUCUCUCUCUCUCCCUCUAUCUCUCUUCUCCCUUCAUUCUCUCUAUCUACUUUCUUGCUGUCUUUCCUGCUUCCUCACACUUUCUUUCUAAUAUCUCGUCUUCCUACAUUAUUCUUCGUGUGUAUGUAUGUAUUAAAUUUUUUUCAUACCUCUCUGUCUCACCCUCUCUUUCUCUCUCAACAUGUUUAUGUCUCUAUCUUCCCAAAUUUCUAUGUUUUUGUUCAUAUCUAUCUAUCUAUCUAUCUAUCCAUCUAUCUAUCUAUCUAUCUAUCUAUCUAUCUAUCUAUCUAUCUGAUUUGCCCAUAUCUAUUUCAUUCUGUUUAUCUAUCUAUCUAUCUAUCUAUCUAUCUAUCUAUCUAUCUGUCUGAACAGACGAUCACAGUCUCUUCCUAUCUAUCUAUCUAUCUAUCUAUCUAUCUAUCUAUCUAUCUAUCACAGCCUGUUCAUAUCUAUUCAUAUAUGUAUCUAUCUACUACAGUGGAUUGA